AUGCGCGCGUCCGAAGCGUCAUACGGCAAUAUCGGAUGGAGCCCGUUCCCUCCUAAAUUUCCUCCCGAUCUCCCUGCUAGCUUCAGUCAGAUUCACAGAAGAAAUCACGACCACAAGAAGCCCAACGACCUCGGAAGGAAACUGUUCCCAAGACAGUAUCACUACCAUCAUGGCUUCACUUCUGCAUUUGGUGUCUUUAUUCCUGGCGUCACCCCAGUGUUCCUCGAUGAUGAUGCCCUAAACGUUGACGACGUCGAAAAUAACACGAGUCAUGACCUUGUUGUGCAAGAAGGCAAGGUCGCUUGGGAAGCAAUUUAUCCCGAAGGCUCAUGGAAUCCAUCGAACGUACCUCGCGGAGGCUUCGGUUUGUACAUUGGUGGCUCCGAUGAAUUUGUCGAGGCAACUGCGAAGGGUGCCGACGAGGUCAUGCUUAGCUACUCGGUCAUGUUUGAAUCUGGUUUUGAAUGGAACAAGGGCGGAAAGCUUCCCGGAGGCUACGGUGGAGAGGGAAAGGAAGCUCGAGGUUGCUCGGGUGGUCGUCAGGAGGAACGCGCUGCAUGCUUCGACGCUCGUCUCAUGUGGCGCACAAAUGGCACUGGGGAGCUUUACACCUACCUCCCCAUCACAGAAGGGAACAACGCCUCACAAGCUGCCGUUCCGGGGACAGUAGUCGACUCGAGCUACGGAUACUCUGUCGGUCGUGGAGCCUUCACAUGGCCUUCAGCCGAAUGGGUAGCAGUCGUAGAACGACUGAAGCUCAACGCUAUCGGAAAGACGAAUGGAGAGAUAGACCUGUGGGUUGAAGGAAAGAAAGUGAUAAGCUUAGCCGACGUCACACUUCGAGAGGAGGCGAACGCCACUAUCCAAGGAUUUCAUUUCCAGACGUUCUUUGGAGGUAGCACAAGCGACUGGGCAUCGCCAAAGACCCAGAAGGCAUGGUUCGCUGACGUAUCUGGGGCUGUCAUUAGUUCAGGACCAGGGGCUCCCCAACAUAAUCCAAAUCACUCCUUACAAAACACGCUCGUUACUUCAGUAUAUCAACCGGAGAGAACUGGACGCUGA